AUGGACAUCAUUAACUUGGUGCUGGAAUAUUCGAAGCAGACAUCGAUAAGCAAUGAUCGAUGUCGUCGUGGUACUCCCGAGGCGGGUCCUUUGGAGGCUCGUUUGGGUCCAUUCCUCGAACAUCUGAUCGACUUGGCUAUCGAUCCUCGAUCUGCAUUGCACAUACGUUUGAAGCGCUUUUCCAGUUGGAAGCCGGGUGGUGGAGGUGGAAACACAGGAUUCUCUGCUAUAUCUCAACCGAUUUCUACCAUCUCUCUCCCUUCCCGCUGCGUAACUUCGCUCCGCUCCACCUCUGGCCUCCCACUUACGGGGCAGCCAUCGAUCUCGCGCUCUGGCAGAUCUCUUUUACCCCGAGGCUCUUGCUCCGGUUCUGCGUCCUGUUCCGCUUCUUCCUCUAUACCAACUUCCACCUCAUCAUCGCCAGUCUUAACGCGGCCAUAUUAUCUUGCAGCGUCUGGAAACCAGCUGCCCCGCGUUCGACAACUGGCUGUUGCUCGUCGAGCUCGACCGGGUACCGGCCAGUCGAGGCGAACUGGAUUUAGUACCGCCAAAUCAAGACAGCGUCUCAAUCAAACGCUUCAGAAUGCCGCGACGCCACCACAACUGCAAUCAAUAAUGCAGAUACAGCAGCAACAGCAACACAUGCAAUCACAACAUUUGCUGCCACCCCAACUCCAGCUUCAUCAGCAGCAGCAGCCACCGCAACACUUGACGCAGCAACCGGUUUAUUCUUCUCAUUAUCAGCCCGCUGCCGCAGAGCAACAGCUGACUUCUCUUGUCCAAACACAAACAUCUGAGUCCCAUCUCUUAUCAGGUCAUGCGCCCUCUAUGCACCUCCAGUCAACCGUACUAACGAUGCCUUAUCAGCCGACUGGAUCUCUAUCUCAAUCACAACAACAACAACAGCAACAUUCACAACAGUUUUUAUUAUCAACUCUUGCCUCGGACACCCAGGCUCAUCAGCCAAUGGAUACAAUUGUAGGCGACUCAAGCACUGAGUAG